CCUGCAGACUCCAGGAUGGGCAGCAGCAGAGGAUCUCCUGCAGACACAGAUGCAGCCGUGCUUCAUCAUCAUCAUCAUCAUCACCUGUCGGUCUCUCAUGUUAGACAGGCAGAGAUCCAGGUGGACCCGCGCGGCUCUCAGCUGAUCAGCACUUCCGGUCAAGACUAUAACACGUCAUCAGUGCAGCUGAUGAUCGGGAUGCUCCACCGAGGUUUGAGUGCUGAGCAUCAGUUUGAGUUUAGGCCCCGCCCACCGCGGAAGCUCACCUGCGAAGCGGGUCACCAGCGGGCUCAGGUCGCACACUCUGCCCAGAAACGACACCCACAGGUCGGCCGCGGUGUUGUGAGCCGCCACCUCUGCGUCGGUGAAGAAGCGCGGCCUCGUCAUGACGCGCACGGAGCUGCGGGACGGCGGGACGGGAAGGAGCGCGGCGGCGCGACGGACGCGUCACCAUGGCAACACAACCUGCUGGUCAUCACCGCGGCAACCGAGGAGACGGACGGCUUCAGGCGCUUCAUGAGGACGGCCCGAGAGUUCAACUACACCGUCAAGGUUCUGGGUCUGGGCGAGGACUGGCGCGGUGGAGACGUGGCGAGGACGGUGGGGGGCGGGCAGAAGGUCAGGUGGUUGAAGAAGGAGCUGCUCAAGCACUCAGAGGAGGCGGAGCUUGUGAUAGUGUUCGUGGACAGCUACGACGUGGUUCUGGCCGCCGGUCCGGACGAGCUGCUCGCCAAGUUCUCCCGUCUGGGUCACCGGGUCGUGUUCUCCGCCGAGGGCUUCUGCUGGCCCGACCAGCGCUUGGCCUCCAAGUACCCCCAGGUGCAUUCUGGGAAACGCUACCUGAACUCUGGAGGGUUCGUGGGUUUCGCUCCGGACCUCAGCACCAUCGUCCAGCAGUGGAAGUUCAAAGACGAUGACGACGACCAGCUGUUCUACACCCGGAUCUACCUGGACCGCGCCCAGAGGAACAAGUUCAACAUCACUCUGGACCACCGGUCCCAGAUCUUCCAGAACCUGAACGGAGCCAUCGACGAGGUGGUCCUGAAGUUCGAGAGGGGGCGGGCCCGAGUGAGGAACGUGGCCUACGACACGCUGCCCGUGGUCAUCCACGGGAACGGACCCACCAAGCUGCAGCUGAACUACCUGGGGAACUACGUCCCCACGGCGUGGACCUACGAGAACGGCUGCGGCAUCUGCGACGCCGACCUGCGCUCCUUUGAGGACACGGCCGACGAGCAGAUGCCGCUGGUGCACCUCGCCAUCUUCAUCGAGCACGCCACGCCCUUCAUGGAGGAGUUCCUGGAGCGGCUGGCCACGCUGAACUACCCGCACAGCAGGCUCCGCCUCUUCAUCCACAACAACGUGGUGUACCACGAGCAGCACAUCCAGAACUUCUGGCAGCGCCACAAGUCUCUGUUCCCGAGCGCCGUUCUGGUCGGACCCGAGGAGAACCUGGAGGAGAACCAAGCCAGAACCAUGGCCAUCGAGGCGUGCCGGAAGGAUCCGGACUGCGAGUUCUUCUUCAGUCUGGACUCCGACGUGGCUCUGACCAACCCGGACACUCUGAGGAUCCUGAUGGAGGAGAACAAGUCUGUCAUCGCGCCCAUGCUGUCCAAACACGGGAAGCUGUGGAGUAACUUCUGGGGAGCUCUGAGUCCUGAAGGGUUCUACUCCAGAUCUGAGGACUACAUCGAGAUCGUGCAGGGGAAGAGGAUUGGACUGUGGAACGUGCCGUACAUCUCACAGGUGUACCUGGUGAAGGGCAGCGUCCUGAGGUCUAAACUGUCUCACCUGAACCUGUUUGUGGAGGAAGGGAUGGAUCCGGACAUGGCGUUCUGCAAGAACGUCCGCGACCAGGGCGUGUUCAUGUUCGUCUCCAACCGCGAUGAGUUUGGACGUCUGGUGGCGUCCUCCAACUUCAACACGUCCAGACUGCAUCCAGACCUGUGGCAGAUCUUUGACAACCCUCUGGACUGGAGGGAGAAGUACAUCCAUGAGAAUUACUCCAAGAUCUUUGAGGACCAGAAGAGUUUUGUGGAGCAGCCCUGUCCGGAUGUUUACUGGUUCCCGGCUUUCUCUGAGAAGAUGUGUGACCAGCUGGUGGAGACCAUGGAGGACCACGGGGGCUGGUCUGGAGGGUCCCACAAGGACGAGCGGCUCGCCGGCGGCUACGAGAACGUGCCGACCGUGGACAUCCACAUGAACCAGAUCGGCUUCGAGAAGGAGUGGCUCAAGUUCCUGAAGGACUACAUCGCCCCCGUCACGGAGAAGCUGUACCCCGGAUACUUCCCAAAGGCCCACGCCAUCAUGAACUUCGUGGUCCGGUACCGACCCGACGAGCAGCCGUCCCUGCGGCCGCACCACGACUCCUCCACCUUCACCAUCAACAUCGCCCUGAACAGGAAGGGCGUAGACUACGAGGGGGGGGGCUGCAGGUUCCUGCGCUACGACUGUAAGGUGGAGUCCCCCCGGAAGGGCUGGUCCUUCAUGCACCCCGGCCGCCUGACGCACUACCACGAGGGCCUGCCCACCACCAGAGGAACCCGAUACAUCAUGGUGUCCUUCGUCGACCCCUAGCCCCGCCCACGCUCCGACCGUCCCUGAACGCCGGGUCCAUGAGUCCGCUUCACCUGAGGAGCAGCCAUAAACGAGCGGAACUUCCUGUUCCUGAAGGCUUUUCAGAAUAAGAGUCUUCUUUCUGCACCGUGCUGCCUUCACUGCCCCUCUGUAAAUGAGGAGGUGCAUUCAGGAACGUCCGGAGCUUCGGCUCCUCUAGACGUGUUCUUCUGGGGUUCUAGUGUCUUCUUCUCUGGUUGGGUUCUGCUUUCCUCGUGAAUGUUUGUAAAAAUGCUUUAAAUUAUUUGUUACAGACGAUCGAAUAAAGUUUUUCUAAAAAACGAGA